AUGCGCAAGCGUGUGGAUGUGUCAAGCAAGACUAUGUUCUUCGAGAAGAACUGGACACAGGACUCGUUGCGGCUCCUACAGGCGAGCUUCUCCGACCCAAUUCUCGCACUCGAAAAGCUGCGCGGCGGCGCAUCGCCGCCUGGCACCUCGGACGUGGCAUCGAGUGCAGCAGCCUGUGCUUUUGGAGUCUGUCGGUCGAAGAUGGAGGAUGCAAAUGGCGACCACCGAGCUGUGAGCAUGGAGAUGACCAGGGACAAAUUGGAGGCAGACUCGGCGAGAUCGAUCGGCAAGCUGAGAACCGCCUUACAAUCUGCACAAUCCGAUCGGCCAACCUCGCCCCGUGAAGAUGCGAAAGAAAAGAGCUCGAAAGACCUGAAGCUGGAGGAAAAGCAAGAGGCGGAGCGCUUGAAGCAGGAGCAGUUGGAGCGAGAAAGGAGGCUGUUCAAGACCGCCGAAGCUGGUGGAGAGGUUAGUAUUGAGGACCUGUUCCUCUACUUCCUUCGUGCGAUCCAGCGAAGCGAAAAGGUGGUUAUUCCUCCUUGUGUCAGGAUGAACCUUAUCCUCACCUUGAUCGCAAUCUUCAUUCCUUCCUUCCUGCGCUUGCGCAACGGGGGCUGGUUCCUGGGUCCAGGAGCUCCCCGGGUGCUUUUUACGGCUGAGGCUCUAAACGUAAGCGCUCUUAACCCUAAGCCGAAGGGCAGAAAGCGCGAAGCCGGCGAGGCUAAUAUCUGGACAUCCCAGACUUUGAAACCUCAUGGUUUACUUGAGGACGCACUUCCAGCUUCAAUGGAUGUAAAGAUUUAG